AUGGCAAGUUCAUUGCAAAGCACAAUAAUCAAAGGCUUCCGCAAAUAUAGCCACGCAUUGGGUCCUGAGGCUCUCCAGUUUGUUGAGGACAUCUGCAUCGAUGCUGGUCUUGAAGAUGAUCUCGACGAAGUAGAAGUGACCGUGGAACGGAUGGCAAAGGAGUAUAAUCAGCAAGAUGACGCUGUCAUGAAGGUGUCUCUUCCCAUCCUUCAACGAGUCUUUGCCCACCUGCAAGACAAGGAAGAGAAGAAGAUGAAUGGUGUGGAAGAGCUUUUGGAUCCGGAAGAGCAUCUCUACUUCAUUGAUGCGUACGAAAUGCCAUUAUGGCACUGGUCACAAACACGUGCUACCUUCGAAAAGGCUCCUCAUUCUCCGACUAUUUCAGGGACUGCUGAUUCGAGAAUAACCGCGAUUCGCGAUCGUCACGACAUCAUCAAGCAAACCAUUCUUCGAAAUGACCACUUUUCUCCGUCUACACUGCCUGGAAAGGACAGGGACAGGUUGUUAAACUUACGUUCCACGAAACAAUUGCUGGGACGUGCCGGUGAACGUUUCCUCCUGUUCGGUCUCCUUGGCUAUUCGAAAGAAGGGAAACUUUGCCUAGAAGAUACGGAAGGCAAAGUAGAACUUGAUUUUUCGCAAUUGGAUAUUCCCAGUGAAGGAUUUUUCACGGAAGGCUGCUUCGCCUUGGUUGAAGGUGACUACACGGAAGAAGAGACUCUAACUGUAAUUGCUAUUGGACAUCCUCCAUGCGAACGGAGGGAGGUCUCGCGUUCAAUAUUUGGACACGUUGAUUUCUUAGGGAAGGGGUCAUCGACUCCUUUGGAAGAUAUGGAAAUCGAACAACGUGUAUCCAGGGAAUUCGAAAAUCUCAUGUUCCAUUGCCUGUCAGACGUCUGGUUAGACCACCCAGAGACAUUUGUCGGGCUAGCAAGUAUAUUUGACAGAUGCAUAGAAGCCGAAGCUAUUCCUUUAGUUUUCAUACUCUGUGGGAACUUCACUAGUCGUGGCAUAGCACAGGGAAAUGGCCGGGAAAUUCAAUCAUAUCAAGAAAAUUUCGACCGUCUUGCCGACCUAAUUGCAAGCUAUCCGAUUAUAGCACGAAAUACUCAUUUCGUCUUUGUACCCGGACCGCUAGAUAUCACCGCGAACUCGGUGCUGCCGCGCCGUCCCCUUCUGUCCUCCUUCGUCGGCAAGCUCAACUCGAAACUAGCAAAGGCUCAUUUCCUCAGCAAUCCUUGUCGAAUAAAGUGCUUCGGACAAGAAAUUGUUGUCUAUAGGGAGGACAUGAUGGCUCGUAUGCUGAGGAAUCUCGUGGGAGUGAAGCCCGACGUCCAAAAUGAUGAUAUGAAGAGAUUUCUUGUACAAUCUAUCAUAGAUCAGGCCCACUUGAGUCCGUUCACCAAGAACGUGCAACCAAUACUUUCAGAGUAUGAUCAUACCCUCCGGCUGUACCCUAUGCCAAGUGCCGUAAUCUUAGCGGACAAGUACGAGGGGUACGAAUUGACCUAUGAGGGCUGCCACGUUUUCAAUCCUGGGAGUUUCAUAGGCAAUUCUUUCGGCUUCUAUACGUAUUUCCCAUCAAAACACCGGUCUGAGAGCUCGUAA